AUGGUAUCUACCAUCAACGCGCCGGACGGGUGGACAACUGACCCUGACGAGAUGGACCUCGACUACUACUGGGCCGACGGUGUGCGAGGGAAACAAGCUGCUGCGUAUCGAGGUUUGGAUAACCCCACGCCUCUUAUGCGCUUGAGCCUGAGCGAUGGAGGGGACCAAUUUCUCUUCACUUCAGGCGGCAAGUUUUACUUGUGGAACAUGACGUCGGACGAUGUUUCAAUCAUCACCUCGCCCACAAGUCAGGAGGAUAUUGUCAAGGCUCUUGGCGCCAUGCUCACCGACGCUGGCUCCGAUGAUCUCAAGAUGGAGUUUGUAGAUUUGAAGGAGUAG